AUGGCUAAAAUUUUAUGUUGGGGUAAAGCAGAUAGUGGUCAGCUGGGCAUUGGAGGAAGUGAUGAGAACCAAUGUUUACCUAUACCAGUUACAUCACUACCUGAAUCUACAAUUGUUGACAUAUCUUGUAGUGAUCUACAUACCUUAGUGGCAGUUGAAAAUGGUCAACUAUAUAGUUGUGGUAAUAAUGAUUUUGGACAACUUGGACACAGUGGUCAGUUUUCACGACUAGAACAUGUGGAGAAAAUAAAAUCUCAGAAAGUUAUUAAAGUAGCAGUAGGCCAGUCUCACAGUUUAGUUUUAACUGCUGCUAAUGAAGUGUUUACGUGGGGUAACAAUAAACAUGGUCAAUUAGGUAGAGAUGGAAUAAAUGAAGAAGUCACAAAAAUACCAAAAUUAGUGAAGACAUUAGCAGUUUAUUCUGUAAUACAGAUAUCUUGUGGCUCAAAUCAUUGUCUAGUAUUAACCUCAGAGGGACUAGUUGCAAGUUGGGGUGCGAAUAAUUUUGGUCAAUUAGGAUGUAAUCAGACAAUAAGUCAUCGCUCACAGCCAGAAUUUAUCAAUUGUUUAAAAGGUAUACCUAUAGCACAAAUAACAACUGGAGGAAAUCAUAGCUUUGUUUUAUCAAAAUCAGGGGCAGUCUUUGGUUGGGGCAGAAAUAGUUUUGGUCAAUUAGGUGUAAAUGAUGAAAGAGACCGUCCAUUUCCUACACUUUGUAAGUCAUUACGAUAUCAGAGAAUCAAGUAUUUAGCUUGUGGUGAAGAUCAUACUGCAGCCUUAACACAGAAUGGUGGUGUGUUUACAUUUGGUGCUGGUAGUUAUGGUCAACUAGGUCACAGUAGUGUACAGAAUGAAGUAUUACCUAGACAAGUAACAGAAUUAAUGGGUAGUGAUGUCACACAAAUAGCCUGUGGCAGGCGUCAUACCUUAGCCUAUGUAACUGCCAGUGGACGUUUAUACGCUUUUGGCUUAGGUGGUACAGGCCAGCUUGGUAACGGCACCACCAGUAAUAAGACAUCUCCAUGUCGUGUAUCGGGACCGUUCCUACCACCAAUAAAGAAUAACAGUAUGUCAGUAGAUGUAGUGGACAAAGAUUCUGUGAUAAUUAAAACUAUAGUAGCUGGUGGUGAUUCUUCUUUCAUUAUAUCUCUAGAUACGAAGGUUAACAAACAACCAGAUGAUUUUCGUAUCCAUUCCUCUAGUAAUCAGAUAUUAUCUCUAACACCAUCAGUUAUACAGACCAUCUGUCAAUUGCAAUCAGCUGAUUCCCCUUCAGUAGAAUUAUCAGAAGAAGUUAUAAAGAUCUUUUCUAAUGCAUCGUGUCUAAAUUGCUCAUUUCUACUCAGUGAUGAUAAACAUUAUGGUAGCAAUAGUAAAAAUCAUGGUUUAGAUUUAGAUAAAGCCAAAGAGAGUUUUACAAGAUUGUCUGAAGCUACCAAUGUGUAUAUGAUUCAAAAGAUAUGUAAUAGUUUAGAAGAAAUGAUAAGAUGUUUACCAAGUUCACCUCCAGAUAUAGAAGCCUUACGUUUAUAUUUAUUAUUACCAUUGUGCCAUGUUUUUGAUGAACCCAAGUAUUAUGGUGAUCUAAUUGUACCAUUUGGUCAUUCUAUUAUUAGUUUAGAUAAAGCAGCAUCAAAAGUUAUAGAUAUAUGGUGGUCAUCAUUUACUCCUGCAUCUUUUAACAGAAUUGUAUAUGUAAAAUGGACAAAUUAUACCUUAUCAUCAGUUUUACAUUUCUAUAAUGUUGGUUAUUUCAGGUUAAUGAACAGAAUGGACAAAUUAUACCUUAUCACCAGUUUUACAUUUCUAUAUAAUGUUAAUGAACAGAAUGGUCAAAUCAUACCUUAUCAUCAGUUCUACAUUUCUAUAUUAAAAAAUAAAGUAAAUGUGAAAGUGGACUAUGUUAGCUGGGUUCAACGCUCAUAUCAUAAAUCUCAGGAAUUACACUACUGUAAUUAUCCAUUCUUAUUUGAUGCUGCUGCUAAGAGUAUGUUGUUACAUACUGAUGCAAUGAUGCAAAUGCAGUCUGCAAUAGAUGAAGUUACCAGGUUUAAUUUUAAUACCUUAUUAAAUCGUAUGCCAAUAGAUCCUAUCAAUCCAUGUCUUGUUUUAUAUGUUACCAGAGAAAAUAUAGUCCAUGAAACAUUACAGCAACUCAGCAAACAUACUAGUGCUGAUCUUAAAAAACCACUGAAGGUAGUUUUUAUAGGUGAAGAAGCUGUAGAUGAGGGGGGUGUUCGCAAGGAAUUUUUUAUGUUACUAUUAAGAGAAGUAAUGGAUACUAAAUAUGGAAUGUUUAAGUUUUAUGAAGAGUCUGGAUUAAAAUGGUUUAGUCCACAGACAUUUGAAGAGAAUGACAUGUUUCAUCUGAUUGGUAUAUUAUGUGGAUUAGCUAUCUAUAAUUUUACUAUCAUCAAUCUACCUUUUCCACUAGCCUUGUAUAAAAAAUUACUUAAAAGACCUGUAACUAUAGAGGAUUUAAAUGAACUCUCACCACUAGUAGCUAGAAACUUACAGAGUAUUUUAGAUUUUGAUGGAAAUGUAGAGGAAACUUUUGGACUAACAUUUGAGGUAUCACAAGAAUUAUUUGGAGAAUCUUCUAGUGUAGAACUAUGUCCUGGUGGUUCUAAAAAAAUGGUGAAUAAAGAAAAUAGAAAGGAAUAUGUUGAUACGUAUAUUGACUAUGUGUUUAAUACCUCAGUUGAAAAUCAGUAUGGUGCAUUUAGUAGUGGUUUCUUAAAAGUGUGUGGGAGCAGAGUUUUGGAAUUAUUCCAUCCACUAGAAUUACAGGCAAUGGUUAUAGGUAAUGAGAACUAUGAUUUUGGUGAACUAGAAAAGAAUACAGAAUAUAAAAAUGAAUAUCAUCGCUAUCAUCCUACAAUACAGUAUUUCUGGGAAGUAUUUUAUGACUUAUCACUAGAAGAUAAGAAGAAAUUUCUAAAGUUUUUAACGGGUAGUGAUAGAAUCUCUAUUUUUGGUAUGGAAAGUAUAAAAAUGGUAAUCCAGUCAACUAAUGGAGGUGAUACAUAUCUACCUGUGGCUCAUACAUGUUUUAAUCUACUGGACUUACCUAAAUAUACUUCAAAACAAAAACUUGAAGAGAAACUCAUACUAGCAAUACAACAUACAGAAGGUUUUGGCAUUGUCUGAUGAACCUGUUUUUUUAUUGUGUGUGCAGUGGCAAUGCCAUUUUAUUAAUCAAAAUUAUUACCACAAGAGAUAAAGCUGAUCUCGUUUCACAGAUCUAAACAGGUCAAGAUAUCAACUGAUGGAGAGAAAUUCC